GCGCGAGGACGUCACCGGUGAACAUAGUCGCGACGGCUACGGUGGUUACGGACGAGGCGCUGUUGGCCGACGAUUGCGAGGUGGACAACUGCGAGGGUGAGAGCGAGGGUACCGAGAAAUCGACGCAAGAGGAGGACGAGGAGGUGGACGUGGACGUCGAGGAGUGCAGCAGCGUUGACGACGGGCCAGUGAACAGCGCGCCGGACGACCUCACCACGUCCUCGUCGAGAAAGUGUCCGGAUCCGUAUAACGAGCACGAGCGGAAGCACCGGUUCAGGACCAGUUGCAACUCCGACGAGCUGCGGGACGUCGAGUGCCACCUCGAGACGAAGGAACUCUGGGACAAAUUCAACGACCUCGGGACGGAGAUGAUCAUUACAAAGACCGGCAGGCGGAUGUUUCCGACUUGCCGCGUGUCGUUCAGCGGAUUGAAAUCAGACGGACGAUACGCGGUUCUGAUGGACAUUGUCCCUGUGGACAACAAGCGUUACCGGUACGCUUACCACCGUAGCUGUUGGCUGGUGGCUGGGAAGGCUGAUCCCCCGGCGCCGGCGCGGCUCUACGUCCACCCGGACUCGCCGUUCACCGGUGAUCAGCUACGAAAGCAGGUGGUCUCCUUCGAGAAGGUCAAACUGACGAACAACGACAUGGACAAACACGGUCAGAUCGUUCUCAACUCGAUGCACAGAUAUCAACCAAGGAUACAUUUAGUCCGUUGUCGUCAGUUGGAGGACAAUAAUCUUCACAUAACCGAUCUUCAGAAGGAGGAGCAUAAAACGUUUAUAUUCCCGGAGGCGAUCUUCACCGCGGUGACGGCUUAUCAGAAUCAGUUGAUAACUAAGCUGAAGAUCGACAGUAACCCGUUCGCGAAAGGAUUCCGGGACUCGUCGAGGCUGACGGAUUUCGAUCGAGAUCCGAUGGAAUUGAUGGAACAGCAAUUGGUAAGAUGCGGAGUAGCACCGGUCCGGUUGUACGAACAUCUCGCGAUGUCAUCUCCGGCGGCUGCUGCCGCUGCAGCGGCCGCGGCUGCGGCGGCACUGGGUGCUCAACAACAGCAGCAACAACACCACCAGCAAUCGCAGCAACAGCAACAGGCACAGUCGCAGCACGAGAGUUCGCACGCGUUGCCUCCGUGGAUAGCUCCCCCGACGCUUCUCUAUGGAACCGUUGGCCAGCCGCAUCCGGGAACGAGACCAGCUACCGGAUCCACGUCGCCGUAUCCGGCUGCAGCAGCCACGGCGACGUUUCCUUACCCCGCGGCGUUGCCCUGGCCCUGGCAGCCGCCACCCGUCGCCAUGAUCUCGCGAAGAUCUUCGCCACCGACUGCUUCUCUUAGGUACACCCCAUAUCCACCACCGGCGAGCACGCCACCGCCCUUAAGAGCCCGGCCGGCCACCCCUAAUUAGCGACCCAUCUUGCCUAACGCGUGAUAGAACAGGUUUGUUUAAACUAAAACGGAAUUUUUAUGAUUCCUUGAUAAGACAUGUGGUACGCUAGGAUCGUUUCUGAAAAAACAGCAGUCACCCACUUGUAGCAUGUCUGUGUCUUGUAUCAUUGUUGCGUGUCGUCAUGAACGGAAAAGCAUCGAUUUACAUCCCCGUUUAUGAAUCUUCAGGGGCUGAGAUUGUCAUGUAAUUAUUAAAGAUUUCGGUAAUAAAUUUUUAAUGUUCUUCUC